AUGAAAAUUAAAACUAAUGGUUGGCUAUUCGCCUCACAAAAAUCUUCAAAUUAAUAGUCAAUAUGGUUGAAAGAAAAAAAACCUCUCAAAUAAUCAGAUUUAAUGAAUUUAUAAGUUACACCUAGCUAUUUUUAAAAGCGCACUAAAACAUUCAAGAGACUCGUAAAGCGAUACUACUAUAUUGCUAAUAAUACUCUAUAUUAUUGCGAGAAAUAAAAAAGCACAUCGAUAAAAGGAAUGUUAGAUCUCAGCUUAGUUUAUGCAGAAUUUUAUGAAUCCAAAGUGAAAAUCUUAAAAAAUAACACGUAUAUUAUUUGUUUGCGAUAAGAUUCCUCCUUUGUAGAACUAUUAACAGAAAAUAAACAAAUAUUUAAUGAAUGGUGUGUUGUUCUAAGAAGAUGCUGUAUUAUGCUUGACUUUCAUAACUAGUUUAAUAUACUUAAAAUGAUUGGUAAAGGUGGAUUUUCAAGAGUAUUUCUUGCUUAGGAUAAGUUUUCACGUGAAAAUUAUGCAAUAAAAGUUAUAACUAAAGACAAGUUAUUAUAGUAAACAAAGGGAAUUAAAUCUCUGCUUAACGAAAUAUAGAUAAUGAAAGAACUUGAUAAUGUAAAUGGAUGUCUUAAAUUAAUUGGUGUUUACGAAACAGACAGCUCUGUAAAUCUGAUCUUAGAAUAUAUCAAAGGUGGUGAGCUAGUAAAAAAAAUAAAAUUAAAAGACAAAUAAAACUUUACUAUAGAAAAUAUGAGAUAACUUAUGUAAAAUAUACUGAUUGCCCUUGCACAUAUACAUCAAAGAAAGAUUAUCCACAGAGAUUUAAAACCAGAUAAUAUCCUAAUUGAAGAUGAUAUUAAUUCUACUAAAAUAAAAAUAGCUGAUUUUGGCCUAGCUACUUAUGAUAGUACUGUAUUAAAUGAUUUUUUAUUUAAAAAAUGUGGUACUCCUGGUUUCUUAGCUCCAGAAGUUCUUUCAAACAAAGAUACACAUAAACUAUAUGACCAUAAAGUGGAUGUCUUUAGUGCUGGCGUUAUUUUUUACAUACUAUUAUGUGGUCAAUAACCUUUCAAAGGAAGCAAUCACAGAUAAGUAGUUGAGUAAAAUAAAAAAUGUGAAAUUGAUUUUUAAAUACUGGAUUCAAAUUAAAAAAUCCCUUAAGCAGCUAAAAUUUUGGUAAAGUAAAUGUUAGCUAAAGACCCUAUCAAUAGACCUACAUCGCAAGAGUGUCUUAACAGCCCAUUCUUUAAAGAAAAUAUCAUCAAUAACUCUCUUCACUUCGAUUUACAUAACUACGAAAAUUAAAAAUUAUAAUCAUUAGAUGGACUUAAUAGACUUAAAAUAGAUUCUUUAGAUAAGAAUUCUUAAAAUGAUUUGUAUUGGGUUAAUCCUGUGUGGAAAGGCUAGACAAAUACUGUUUAAACAGUGACAAAGCUAUCUUCAAUAUACUUGUAAAUAAAUGAUGUUAGAAAAAGAAAUAAAAGCAACUUUGCUCCUAUAAAUGUUCAUGCUGAGGAAAGUAAAGAUGAUGAUAGUGGAAUAGCUAGCUCUGUUAGAGAAAAAAGAAGUGCCAGUGCUGAUUGCGAUUUCAGAAAUAAAUAUUUGCAAAAUCAGAGUCUUCAUAUAACAGUGUUAAAGAAGUAAAAAUAAGGAGAUGAAUAAACAAACAAUGAUAACCCAGAAGCGUCUAUUGAUAAUAAUAUUGAUUGUAUAGAAGAAAAUUUUGAUGUAAGCGGAUAUGACUUAAAAAAUAGUUUGGACUAAUAAGAAUAAAAUAAAAAUGAAGACUAAUUUAAAUAAUAAAAUAGUGAUUAUAAUAAUAACUAAUUAAAUCUGAAGGCUUCAUAAUUUAAAAAGAGUCAAUUUUUAGAUUCAAACAGGGACGAAUACAAACCUAGCAUGAAAUCUAGUGGAUGGGAAAGCAUCGAAAAUGAACCAUAAAUUAACAAGCAAGGUUUAAAUUAAAAUAGAUUAGAAAACAAAUACUCUUUAAAGCCUUUCCAAAAUAUGGAGGCGAUAAAUGUUUAAUACCCAACUUUUAUGAGCUAAAUUUCUUAAAAGGAGCGUUAAGAUGUGAGGCUCAGCAAUAUCAUUUCAGAUGAAAAAGUGAAUAUGGAUGAAGAUUUCUAUAAUAAGCAAUACUCUUCAAAUAGAAGCAUAGAGUAUAAUCUAAAAAAAAAUGAAGCACUUGAAAAUCAUUGCUAAAAAGUAAACCACAUCAAAAUAAAACUUAGAGAUUUUAAUAGCUCAAGUAUGUGGUACAACCCAAUAUAAUAAAUAGUUGCUGCUCCAAGUAUUCUAAGCAAGGAAAAUUAGAAUUAUAAUUCAGAAGCUUUUGAAGACGAACAGCAUCAAUACUACUCAAGGCAAGGGAUUAGAAACAGUACAUACAAUUAGAAUAGUUGCCAAGAAGCCGAUUUUAGAGUGAGCGAAGUAGAAGAAAAUAUAAGUUCAAGGCAUUUUACUACAAUAAAUCGUAAUCUCAUUUUUAGAUACAAUCCCUUCGACUGCAAUGUGUGUUUAUGA